AUGGGUUCCACCCACAACAACAAGAAGACUUAUCCCCAGACCGGCCGCAUGUUCGGCUUCUUCCCCAAGGAGCACAUUCACCUUGCUUGCGAGAAGAUCAUGCUCGUGCAGCGUGACAACGGUGACCGCAAGAACCGUAAGCACGCGCGUCUCAAGUAUACCAUUGACGACAUGGGUGUCGAUGUCUUCAAGAGCAAGGUCGAGGAGCUUCUGCCCGAUGGCAUGAAGUUCAGCGAGCCCCGCCCCUUCAAGUUCGACUCCAACGUCGAUACCUUUGGCUGGCAGAAGGAUGAGAAGGGUAUGAACCACUUCACCUUCUUCAUCGAGAACGGUCGUAUUGAGGACACUGCCGAGUUUGCCAUGCGCACCGGUCUCCGCGAGUUGGCUCAGCUCAACAAGGGCGAGUUCCGCCUCACUGGUAACCAGCACUUGAUCAUCUCCAACGUCACCGAUGAGGAUCUGCCCACGAUCAAGGAGGUCAUGGCCAAGUACAAGCUGGACAACACCAACUUCUCUGGUAUGCGUCUGUCUUCCUCUGCCUGUGUCGCUUUCCCCACUUGCGGUCUCGCCAUGGCUGAGUCCGAGCGUUACCUCCCCGUCUUGAUCUCCAAGCUCGAGUCCACCCUCGAGGAGAACGGUCUCGGCCGUGAAAGCAUCGUCAUGCGUAUGACCGGUUGCCCCAACGGCUGUGCUCGCCCCUGGCUUGCUGAGGUUGCCUUCGUCGGCAAGGCUUACGGUGCCUACAACAUGUACCUGGGUGGUGGCUACCACGGUCAGCGCCUGAACAAGCUCUACCGCUCUUCAAUUAAGGAGGACGAGAUCCUCGAUAUCAUGAAGGAUCUGCUCAAGCGCUACGCCCAGGAGCGCAACACCGACGGCGAGACUCCUGAGCGCUUCGGUGACUUCUGCAUCCGUGCCGGCAUCAUCAAGGCAACAACAAAUGGAACGAACUUCCACGAGGGCGUUGCCGAAGAGGACGAGGAAGAAGAGGAGUAA